CCAUUUCAGAACCAUUUGAUGUUACUUUGAAAGGUUUGAGUCGUGCCUCUGGGAACACAGGUUUAGUUUCACAGUCGGACACCGGAGCCACAGCUCGGAAACUGGAAUCGGUGAUGGCCACGCUCCAAACGCGACUUUAGUCAAGGUAUGCCGGGCUCCAGGUUUGUCAGUGUGGAGAGUUGGAGCAGUAAGCAGGUAGCUGGCUGGCUCAGAGAACAGGGGUUUCGUGAAUAUGUGGAUCUCUUGUGCUCUAAACACCGUUUAGAUGGUGCCAGCCUGCUGUGUCUUACAGAGACUGACUUGCGGUCUCCUCCGCUGGAGCUUAAGGUGCUGGGUGAUAUCAAGAGAUUGAUGCUGGCUGUGCGAAGACUACAGAGACAACACGCAGCCCACGUGCACUCAGGGUCAGAGGUCAGUGCAUUGUCUCCCAUACACACUGACGGAAAGGACCUUGUCAUCUCUAAUGGCUUCACAGAGCGAGGUUCAAGAGACCACCAACACUGUAAUGGGGCAGUCACUACAGUUGGUGGUGAACACAGUUACUCAAAUGGAAAGCGUAAGCAGUAUUAUGGUCGGUUGGACCCAGAGUACUGGAAGACCACCCUUAGCGCACUCUACGCCAUGCUGGUGUGCGGAGUGACAUCAUUUGUCAUGGUGCUAGUGCAUGAGAGGGUUCCUGACAUGAGGACAUACCCGCCACUUCCAGACAUAUUUCUAGACAGUGUUCCCAGAAUUCCCUGGGCCUUCGCCAUGGCUGAAGCAUGUGCAGUGGUGUUGGGUUCCAUAUUAAUGCUGGUGUUGUUGAUGCACAAACACAGGUCCAUUCUGUUUCGCAGGCUGUGUAAUUUGACAGGCACUGUAUUCUUGCUCCGCUGUGUCACAAUGUUUGUUACUUCACUGUCUGUACCUGGUCAUCACCUACAGUGUUCAGGCAAGAUGUAUGGUGACGCAUGGGCAAAAGUGCAGCGUGCACUGGACAUCUGGACCGGGCUCGGCAUGUCUUUAACUGGUGUUCAAACAUGUGGCGAUUACAUGUUCAGCGGACACACUGUUGUUCUCACCAUGCUCAAUUUUUUUGUCACUGAAUACACACCACGUAACUGGAACUUCGUCCACACCAUGUCUUGGGUCCUGAACUUGUUUGGAAUCUUCUUCAUCUUAGCGGCUCAUGAACACUACUCCAUCGACGUCUUCAUCGCGUUCUACAUCACCACCAGACUCUUCCUGUACUACCACACGCUGGCAAACACACAGGCCUAUCAGCACAGCCGGCGAGCGCGUAUCUGGUUCCCUCUUUUCUCUUUCUUUGAGUGCAACGUGACCGGACCGGUUCCAAACGAGUAUAGCUGGCCUUUCACCAAACCCGCCUUCAUUAGGAAACUUCUAGGAUAGGCCGUCUGUGUUUAUGUUUAGCUUAGACUUUUGCUCCACAGUCUACAAAUUUGGAGUUUUGGGGAAAUUAUUUAUUUUUUUAUUUAUUGCUUUUGUUCAUUUUCUUGAAACCGUUAUUUGUAAUACUGUAUUCUCUCUAAAUCAAAACAUUGUUUUGGUGACUUUAACUUCUUAUAAUUUCACUAUGUUUGCCUAUAUAACUAUAAAGCCAAACUAUAAAGCACAUAUAAAGCACAUAUAUCUUUUUUUUUUUUUUCUUAUUCUGCAGAAUCAUAUUUUCCAUUAUCUGGUAAAGCAGUUUUUAGUGCUUACAAUUGCAGAUUUAUGUUACUCUAACCGUUAAGCACAUAGUAUUUAAACUCCUGAACACUAACAGUAUGUUUAACAGAGGAAAAGUGCUAAUAUACAUUCAGUCUUUAUUAAAUAAUGAUGCCUCAUGCUGCCUCAGCUAUUUCAUAAUGGUGCGUAAAGUCUUACAGCCACAGAGAGAUAAUUCUUGUUUUGCUAACAUGUUUUUUGACAUUUUGUAAUUAAUAUGUGACUAUUGUAUAAAUAGAUUGAAUUUUAUAUGUGAUUCCAGGGAUAGAUUACUAGUAUGAAAUGUUUUGCCAAUAUCAGCAUCAAAGACACUUUCAGCACUUUUAUAUAGACUUCUUUGGUUAAAGGGAGGGCAUUUAUGAUUUCUUUUUGUUUGUGCAUGUGGUGUUUGUGAAUGUAACAAAAAUUCUAGUACUGUUUCUUUUUUGUUGUUUUAUUUAAAUGUAACUUGACUUCUGCCUUAUCAAUUGGGGUACCCAGAGGAUAUUUACUGGAAAAAUAAAAGUUUACAGACUCACUA